AACUGGAAAAAAUAACAACAACAUGAGUUACAUGUGUCUAGUGACGUCGCAGCUCAAAGCUUUUUUUUGUUCUUCUGGUGGUCAGUGAAUGUGAGCCGCGGCUCUUUCUCUCUCUCUCUCUCUCUCUUUCUCACACACACACACAGAGCGGCUGUAGAGCAAGAGGGAGGAGCUGCAGUGAGUAACAGAGAGCGAGCGUGAGUGCAUCUUCAGAGCGCUCGGUCAGCUGUAGUACUAGCAGCAGUGGAGUAUGUGUGUAGAGCAGAGCUGAAUGUGUGUGUGUGUGGUGACCGCCGAAUUACCGCCGCAGCCCCUCAGCCUCGCCCUCUUCAGGGUGAGGCCGCCCUCAUGAUGAAGCAAGACGGGAUCCUGGGCCGCCGCCGGUUCUCCACCUGUGGAGGAACCAUCUCGGGCCGCCCGGCUCAUCCCGACGGACGCAAACUCAUACGCAACGCCUCGUUUGGGGGCUACAACGAGCUGUCCAUCUGCUUGCCAGGUUUUGAUCGUGGCAAAGAGGAAAUCCUGCCUCUGAAAGAAGACUCCUCACUCUCCAUAUCCAAGAGCAAGUCAGAAACCAAGCUCUAUAAUGGCUCAGAUAAAGACGUGUCGGUGUCUGGAAACAAACUUACUAAGAAGGAGUCACUCAAGGUGCAAAAGAAGAACUACAGAGAAGAGAAGAAACGCGCCACUAAAGAGUUGCUCAGCACCAUCACUGAUCCGUCUGUCAUCGUCAUGGCCGACUGGCUCAAGAUCCGAGGCACGCUGAAGAGCUGGACCAAGCUGUGGUGUGUGCUGAAGCCAGGAGUCCUGCUCAUCUAUAAAACCAAUAAGAACGGCCAGUGGGUCGGGACCGUCCUGCUCAACGCCUGUGAGCUCAUCGAGAGACCCUCCAAGAAGGACGGCUUCUGCUUCAAGCUCUUCCAUCCGCUCGAACAGUCCAUCUGGGCCGUCAAGGGUCCUAAAGGAGAAGCCGUGGGCUCCAUCACUCAGCCGUUACCCAGCAGCCACCUGAUCUUCAGAGCAGCUUCAGAAUCAGACGGCCGCUGUUGGAUGGACGCUCUUGAACUGGCUCUGAAAUGCUCGAGUUUGCUGAAGCGAACGAUGAUCCGAGAGGGCAAAGAGGAGCCGGCCCAGACCGCAGAGCACUCGCACAUCAACUUCUACAGUCUGCUGAGGGCACACAACAUGCAGGGCUUUCAGUUUAACGACAGCGACCAGUUUAAGGAUCCAGACCUGUACUCAGAUAAAUCGGACCGUGAGAAUGAGCAGGAGCAGGAGGAGUGGGAAAACGAGGUGAUGGAGAAAAGUGAAGAGAGCGACAGCGACACGUCAGAGCGACAGGAAGACUCGUACAUCGACCUCGAUCCCAACGAGACGCUGCGGGAAACAACGUACAUCGAGCAGAGCCACGAGGAGCUGGGAGAGGCUGGUGAAGCGGCUCAGACAGAGACGGUAUCAGAGGAGAAUAAGUCUCUGAUCUGGACUCUCCUGAAGCAGGUUCGGCCCGGCAUGGACCUGUCCAAAGUGGUGCUGCCCACCUUCAUCCUGGAGCCACGGUCCUUCCUGGACAAACUGUCCGAUUACUACUAUCACGCCGACUUCCUGUCCGAAGCGGCGGUGGAGGAAAACGCUUAUAACCGUAUGAAGAAAGUGGUCAAAUGGUACAUUUCUGGAUUCUACAAGAAGCCAAAGGGUUUGAAGAAACCAUACAACCCCAUAAUUGGAGAAACAUUUCGCUGUUUGUGGAUCCACACCGAAACCAACAGCAAAACCUUCUACAUCGCUGAACAGGUUUCCCAUCAUCCUCCGGUUUCAGCCUUUUACGUCAGCAACAGGAAGGAUGGCUUUUGUCUCAGUGGCAGCAUCCUGGCUAAGUCCAAGUUUUACGGAAACUCUCUGUCGGCCAUCUUGGAUGGUGAAGCCAGGCUGUCGUUUCUGAACAGAGGAGAGGAUUACGUGAUGAACAUGCCCUACGCACACUGCAAAGGUAUCCUGUACGGGACUAUGACUCUGGAGUUGGGCGGUCAGGUGUCCAUCGCCUGUGAGAAGACGGGCUACAGCGCUCAGCUGGAGUUCAGACUCAAGCCGUUCCUCGGCAGCAGUGAUAGCGUGAAUCAGAUCAGCGGGAAGAUCAAGCUCGGGAAGGAGGUGCUGGCGACACUUGAGGGGCACUGGGACAGUGAAGUCUUCAUCAAUGAUAAGAAGACGGGUGAGAUGGAGACGUUCUGGAACCCAACGCCGGAGCUGAGGCAGAACCGUCUGAUCCGCUGUAACGUCCCUCCUGAAGAACAGGGCGAGUUCGAGUCCGAGAGGCUGUGGCAACAUGUGACACGGGCCAUCAAUAACAAGGAUCAGACAGAGGCGACCAAUGAGAAGUUCAUCCUGGAGGAGGCUCAGAGGAAGGCGGCACGCGAGCGCAAGGCCAAGUGUGAGGAGUGGAUGCCCGCUCUGUUCGAGCAGGACCCGGUCACCGGAGAGUGGCAUUACCGCUAUGCCGACACUCGUCCGUGGGAUCCGCUCAAUGAUCUGAUUCAGUUCGAGAAAGACGGCUGUAUUCAGACCAAAGUGCGCCACAGGACGCCUAUGGUACGUUCAGCCAGUGUAGUUAGUCUCAGUACCCAGCAGGGUUCCCGGAGGGACAAUUACCUGAGCCAGGUGACGGGACAAAAGCGGAAACAUAAGAGUGACAAACCUAAAAGUCCAGAAAGUGGCUGCUCGUCUCCGGAGCCGGACCGCCAGGACUCUUCAGGCAGCGAGAGGCACAAGAGCAAACACAACAGCCGCCUCAGAAAGAAAGGAACAGAUCUGAGUGAAAUCCAAAGUGCCAUUGAGUCGAUCAGACAAACCCAGGAAGACAUUAACAGGAGCGUCAACGCUUUGAGGAGUCGAGUGGCGAGUCAGUCGUCAACGGAAAGCUCAUUCCUGAGGCAUAGAGACGUGGCCAUCAUCCUCUUCCUCAUCUUCCUCCAGGUCCUUCUCAACUUCAUCUUUAAGUAACGGUCGAGAAUGACCCAGAAGCCUCACUCCAUCCUUCAGUCAGUAUUGCCUCGCGACAGACGGUUUCGUUUUUUAUGGAUUUGUGUUGCGAUCGCUGCGAAAGGACGGCCAAUAUUGGACUGAAGUGCAUUGUGGGAUGUUUUAGAAAUGACUGUUUACUUGUAUUCUUCAAAACGAGGAAAUCUCAUCAGCCUCUUAACCAUUUAGACCAUUGUUUUAUUUAAUUUUAUUCAUUUUUAUCAGCGCCCCCUGCUGUAGCGGAGGACACCUGUCGAUAUACAAACUAAUUAUUAUAAAAUCUAGGUCAUUUUUUCCCCCUUAAAAUUAGGAAAAAUAUGUAUUUUACCUAACAAAAACCCUGUUCUACAUAUCUUGCAUUAUGAUGUUAUUUUCAUGACAAAUAAGCACAUUUCACCUGAGAUUCUCAUGACUAAAGUGCAAAACAAAUCUGUUAUCCAAAAAAAUAUGAUGAAUUUUUAUUAGUAUUUGUACUUAAUAGUAUUCAAUGCACUGCCUGAUUUAAAUACAAUUUUACCGACACGUUAUAGUAAUGAGAAUAUGGAAAUGCUGUCCAAAAACGAAAAUAUUUUGAUUUCUUUAUAUUUUUCGGGGAAUGAAACACAACCUGGACAUUUUUCCCAAGUCUCACUCACAUAUAAAACUUAAAAGGGUUCAAUAUUUCUGAUGUUACUUGUAUUUUAUGUAUUUUUUUAAUUAAAUGAAUGAAGGAUGUUUGGAGUUGAGGUCACAUUUUGUAUUAUUUAAAACUGUUUCCGGGAACAAUUUCACUAUGAAUCUUAAUUUGAACAGCACAGUAUGUGGAUCCUGCAUUUCAUACGUGUUUGAAGGUAAUAAUGUUUAAUUUAUUUGAACGAUAGCGAAGCGUGUACAGUAUAGCGAGCGUCACAUUUAAUAUUACUCUGAGGAAACCGUAGAUCUAGGCGUAGUAAACCUGUAGCAGGAAAUACUGUUGCGUACUUUUGUAGUUGCUUGACUCUCGUCUGCCACUGUUACAUCAGACUAGAUGUACGAUUAACAAGCCAAAUAGUCUGAGAGUAGAUUAGAGUGUAAACGUCACAUCUGUAUAUAGUAUAGAACUGAUUUCCUUUUGUACUUCUAGAGAAACGCCGUGACCCAUAGCCCACGUGUCUUUGUUCUGCAAGCAUUCGUUCGCACACACAGCGUCCAAUCAGAUGUUUGAAUGUGCUCACGUCGACAAUAACAAUUAAAAAACCACGUGCCUUUCCAAGCGGGUCUUGCAGCCGGAGUUUGAGGCCGACUGUUGAACUCCUACCACGGUUUGUCUUUCUUUCUCACUUCGAGUGAAUGUGCCAUAUUUAGAUGUUUGUGGCUCGGUGUUUUCGAUUCGUCCUGGAGCUCGACGCUGCCAUAGAUCUGCGUGUCUUUAGCCGUGCGUCUGCCACUGAACCAGGGAUCAAACUCCACAUGCAUCGCGUUCAGUGUUCGUCUUCAUGCUUCUAGAUCGGUUUCUUUUUCUUUCUUUCUUUUUUUUUGCCCCAGGCUCUUUUUAAAGCGUUUUUACUCCAG